CCCGCUUCUGACGCAGCGAAGCUCCACCCGAGGAAGCGCGAACCUGCGUGUAGGAAUCGAGUUUCCCGCCGAAGCCGCUGAGAGGGUCUGUAUCAGGAACUGCUGCCUGAAGCAACUGAAAUGCCCCCUAAAAAAGCAGCACCUGCUGCCCGAAAAAAAGCUCCUGCUAAAAGGAAGUUAGCAGAAGCAUUUCCACCUGGUGAAGUGCUAACGGAUUCUGCAAAAAAACAAUGGAAAUUGGGGUCAACCAUUGGACAGGGUGGAUUUGGCUGUCUUUACCUAGCUGAUGUCAAUUCUUCCAAAACGGUUGGACCUGAUGCUCCUUAUGUAAUAAAAGUGGAACCAAGUGAUAAUGGACCUCUCUUUUCUGAGCUCAAGUUCUACAUGCGAGCAGCUAAACCUGAAUUGAUUAAGCAUUGGACUAGCUCACAUAAACUGAAAUAUAUUGGCAUACCUAGAUAUUGGGGAUCUGGACUUCAUGAAAAGAAUGGAAACAGUUACAGGUUUAUGGUCAUGGAUCGAUUUGGACAAGACCUCCAAAAAAUCUUUGAAGGUGCAGGGAAGAGGUUUACACACAAAACUGUCCUGCAGCUGGGUCUGAGACUAAUAGAUAUUCUGGAGUAUAUGCAUGAACACGAAUAUGUACAUGCAGAUAUUAAAGCCUCUAAUCUCAUCCUUCAUCAUAAGAAUCCUGACCAGGUAUACUUGGUCGAUUAUGGCCUUGCCUACAGAUAUUGCCCAGAUGGCGUACACAAGGAAUAUAAAGAAGAUCCCAGGAAAUGUCAUAAUGGCACAAUAGAGUUUACAAGUAUUGAUGCCCACAAGGGAGUCAGUCCCUCAAGAAGGGGGGAUUUAGAAAUCCUGGGCUAUUGUAUGGUUCAGUGGCUGUGCGGCACACUACCCUGGGAAGACAACUUAGCGGACCCAAACUAUGUUACCAAUUCUAAAAUAAGUUAUGGUGAUGAAAUCCCUACAUUUAUUGAAAAGUGUUUUCCUGGGAAAAAGAAACCAGUCGAAAUUGCAAAGUACUUGGAAGCGGUUAAGGAAUUGAAUUAUAGUGCUAAACCACCGUAUCAACGAUUAAGAGAUAUACUUUCACAAGGUCUGAAGGCUCUUGGCAGUAAGGAUGAUGGGAAGCUGGACUUCUCUCAGGCACAGAAUGGAAGUGUUGCUCCGAAUGGGCGAAAGAGAAAGCAGACCAGGCCUGCUGAAGAUGCAGCGAUUGAUGAUGAUGAUGAUGAUGAUGAGGAAGAGAUUGUAGAGAGCAAGAGACCUGCGAGAGGUCGUGCGUCGGCCGCAUCUAAAUGUUCUGAUAAAGGAGGGCCACCAAAGGGAAGAGGGCGAGGAAGAGCAUCAAAAAAAUAGCUUUUAUGGUCUUGUAUUUACAUUUUUGUUUUGUAUUGUCUAGAGAAAUAUAGUUGCUGUUUCCAUUCUGUAUUUUUAGAAUAAACAUUUUAUUAAAAA